GGAAGGUUGAUAACACGGUGGACAUAGUUUUGUAAGCAGGUCGAUGCAUGUCCUUGUUACCAUAUCUAUAUUACUCUAGAAUGAAUUUAAUUACAUAUUAAACCUCGGAAUGGCUAAAUCAUUUGCUCAACAUUUUCUUGAAUGCGAAAACUGUGAGGAAAAUCCUGCCCAGUUCCUUUGUAAAACAUGCCCUGGUCAUCUUUGUGAGACCUGCAAAACAGAUCACGAGACGAAGAAAAUAACCAAAAAUCACGAAAUUAUACAUUUGCAUAAAAAUAAGGAGGGAACCAUGGGCCUACUUUACUGUGGGAAACAUACAGUUAACAAGUUAGAGUGGUACUGUUCACCCUGCAAGGAGCCGGUGUGUUCUAAAUGUCUCAUAGAAUUCCAUAAUGGACAUAAAUUGGAUGAUCUGGCCGCAAUUUACCAAAAAAUCAUAAGUAAUUUAAAAGAUGAAAAGGAGGAAAUAGAGGGGGUGAUUUUACCAAAAUAUAGAGAAAUGUUAUCUAAAGAAAAGAUAAAGAAAUCAGAGAUAUCAAAGAGAACCGAUGAAGUUAAGAAACAAAUUGAAGAUCACACAAAAUUGAUCAUGAAUCAAGUCAAAAAAGUGAAAGAGAACGCUAUACGGAAUUUACAAGAAGAAGAAAAGAAGGCCUUGAAAUCAAUUGAAGAAACGGAAAAUGAAAUUGAAAGAAGAAUUGAAACACUUGGGAAAAUCGACGAAAACAUUACCAGUAACAUGAGGGCAAAUCCUGGAAUAACAUUUUUUACAAAUAUAGAUUAUGAUACUUUACGACAUAUGCAAGGCUUUCCGUCCAUGGUAAAUUACAAGCUUAGUGACUUUCAGCCUGGUGAACUUUUUAAAGCAGAACAUUUCGGAAAAUCUCCAAAAUUAUUAAAAUCAGAAGAGAGUAACUUGAAAACUGAACAUUUGUUAAGGAGAAACAAAGCUGCAAUAGCUAUGAGGCAAAAAUUAAAAGACUUGGAACUACAAAGUGCUUUAACAAAUAAUUUUUCUGAAUGGACAGCUAUUCGUAAAGAGAUUGAUUUGUUAAACAUUGAGCUAAACGAACUUGAACGUAAUGAAAAUUGAAGAUGUCAUUUUUGUGGAAGAAAAGAUCUCAAACGGUGUGGAACUGCUGAAGAGUAUUAUCAGUAGAUUUAUCUAACAUUUUUAUUGAAAACAAGGAAAAACAUGUUUUACCCCUACAAAUAGCAAAAACUCCCAAUAAAAUUUUAAUACGGACUGUCGACAUUCUAGUAUCAUAACAAAAAUUGCACUAAAAAUAAAAAGAUAGCACAUGGGAUGAAUUUGUACUGGUCAGCUCAGCGUAACUAACUUGGCGGAGAUAGCACACGUGGGCGCGAUCAUAUAGAAUCAGUUAAAUAAGUAAACAAAUAAGAAUUGAACUUUGACCUGGCCGGUUCCAAGAAAUGAAUCAU